CGCGGCAUUUCAAAGGUCACAUGAGCUGUGAUAUUAAUAAUAUUCGAUAAUACGUUAUCAACAAUGGUUAGUGAAGAAUACGUCAAAACUUUUUAAUACCAAAUUUAUUCACUGCUUAAGAUGAUUCUUCUUGCUGUUAUAGUCAUCGCCUUGGCAUGCAUUUACGCAGCUGUACGUUAUUUUAACAACACGUACAAGUACUGGCAAUUAAGAAAUGUACCAUACGAAGAACCUACAAUGUUCUUCGGUAGCUUCCUAAACUUAUUUUUCGAAAAAGACAACCUACGGAGAUUCCUGGAUAGGACUAGCAAAAAAUUCGAUUCGCCCUACUAUGGCUUUUUUAUAUUUAAUAAACCGUUUUUGGUCGUUAAGGAUCUUGAAAUAGUCAAGCGGAUUAUGAUCAGAGAUUUUGCGUCGUUUCCAAACAAAUUGUUUUUGGAUGAUAAGGAGUGCGACCCGGUGUUUAACAACUCCUUGUUUGGCACUAGAGAUCAGGAGUGGAGGUCGUUGAGACACCGACUGAGUCCAGUUUUUACAUCUGGAAAGCUAAAGGGAAUGCUAUCGUUAAUCGCCGAAUGCGGGGAGAGGUUGGAAAGUCAUUUAGACAAAAUUUCCAAUGAAAGUGUAGAAGUCACCGAUGUACUGUCAAGAUAUUCAACGGAAGUAAUAUCUUCGUGUGCGUUUGGAGUUAAGUGCGAUUGUUUCCAAAAGGAAGUUAGUGAAUUUCAGCGUUACGGAGAAGACAUAUUUCCCAAAGGCGCAAUUGGAUUAAUUAAAAAUAUUUCGUACAUAUUCGUACACUCUAUUGCCAGAUUCUUUAAACUUAGCUUUCUGAACCAGAAUGGAGUGAAAUAUUUUCGCAAAGUCUUUAAGAAGGUUCUGAGCCAACGGAUGACCCAAAGUACCAGGCGUAACGACUUUGUUGACCUUCUACUUGACUUGAAAAGCCAAGAGGAAAACGACGAAAGCUUCGGAUUAGAUGAUGAGCGAAUGCUGGCACAAGCGAUACCAUUCUUCGCGGCUGGGCACGAAACGACAACGGCCAUAGUUUCCUUUGUACUUCACGAAUUAAGCCUAAAUAGCGCAAUACAGGAUCGCCUAAGACAAGAAAUUCAAAGUGUAGUUAAUAACCAUGGAGAAAUCAGUUAUCAGGCAUUGGAAGACAUGAAAUACUUAAAAAUGGUUAUUUUAGAAACACUCCGAAAGUACCCUAUUAUCAGUUUUAUUCAACGACAGUCGCUCCAUCAGUAUACAAUUCCCGAAACUGGACUGCAACUGGAACGUGGUACCGGGAUUAUCGUUCCAAUUAGAGGUUUCCAUCACAAUCCCAUGUACUUUCCGGAUCCUGAGGUAUACGACCCGGAAAGAUUUAGUGACGAUAAUAAACAGCAGCGAGAUUCCAACCUAAUUUUGGCAUUUGGUAUUGGGCCCAGGAAUUGUCUAGGAAAGAGAUUUGCUUGGAUAACAAUGAAGAUGGCGAUGGUGUAUAUUUUGAGAAACUUUAAAGUGGAGAAGAACUCACAAACAGCAGAAGUAUUAAGUAUUAUUUCACCGCAUGUUUCUCGUUCUCCCAGUGGCGUUAAUCUAACUUUUAAGCGUUUGUAGUUUGUCUAAUAUGUUGUUUUGGUAAAAAAAAGUCUUAAAAUAUUAAAUAUAGGCGUGAUCAGAUUA